UUUAAUGAACUGGAUUCUAUAUUUCUAACACAUUCAGCAUGUUUACAAAUGAUUGUACUCAAGUUAUCGUGGUGUUUUAAGUUAUAAUCAAGCCUCUAUUAUUUUUGAAAAUGGCAUUUUAUCUCACACCACCAUCAGGAGUGAUUCAGCUGUAUAAACUAUCGGACUACACAAUCACCCGGUUUCAUUUCCUUUCUAAGGUUUUUAAAUCAAACGGGGACCAGAUGAAACUGAUCGACAUAAUGAAAGAAUCUGUAGAACUAUCCGAUUGUCUUCUUGAAGGUUCCGUUAAGGACAAGAUAUCACACUUUAUGUUAAGAGUCAUCUGUUCAAAAGACCGAAGCAUUUCAGAAUUCUUCAUUUUAGCAGAGACGUUACUGUUUGAGUUCAGAUUUUCUUGCAUGUCCUUUGAAGAAUUACACAAGUUAUUUAAGUCACUGGACCUUCACACCAGGUGUUUGAGAAGAACAGACAAAGGAGAACCAUCGCUGUAUUCUCCAGAGAUCACCAAUGUGUUAAAGACAUUUUAUCAAAUUAAACGGCAGGGCACUAGCUGGAGACAUGUAGUGGACAAAUACCUACUAGGGAGCCAGGAGUGUUUUUCGGUCCCCUUCUACAAAGUAUUGCCUUUGGUUAGAACUAGAGAAGUGGUGUUGAAUAAAGGCGAUGCAUUUGUUCCAUAUUGUAAGUUACGUAAAGUUGCUGUGGACUUGUUCAAUACAUUAAUGAAAGGUGGAAUAAAACAAGCACAGUCCUGCUUUCAAUGCGAUGAUAGAUUUCUGGACAUAUUUCAGCAAAUAAAGGCGUUGCAUAAAAUGACAUUUUGUGCUGGAAUCACGAGGACCUCUCUCUUGCAAAGCGGUUUAGGUUUUACUGAUGUUGAUGAGAUUUGCUACACAAUGCCACCCUGUAUGUCACACCUUCACAGGAAACUUCGAAAGCAUCAUAGACUAAGACAUCAUGCAAGGGUCCAGUAUACAUUGUUUCUUAAAGAGGCUGGUAUGUCAGUCCAUGACGCCAUUUGCUUUUGGAGAAAUGAGUAUUCAAAGCCCGCGUUGUCCUCAGAAGGUUGCUCCCACGAUUGGAAAGACAACGAAAGCAGAUAUACGUACGGUAUACGGCAUUUGUACGGAUUGGAAGGAUCCAGAAUCAAUUACAAGAGUCACACGUGCCACUCACUCCAGGAUCGGACCGAAGGAGUUUCAGAUCAGGGUGGAUGCCCAUUUGCAAAGUUUGAUAAGGAACAUUUGCAAAAGCUUUUAUAUGAAGAAGGAAUUGAACAUGAAGACGAUAUAGUAUGUAAUGCAUUGGCUGGGCAGUUCAACAGAGCAUGUUCACAAGUAUUGUGCCUGAAACUGAAGGUUCGAAAGAAAAUGGAACAUUCAACAGAGGGUCAUUCCAGUCAGUCAAAAUAUAUAAACGACGCUCAGAAAGAUCUUAACUUGUAUGCUGAAGUGAAAGUUCAAUUAGUUGACAACGACCCUUCGUUUAGUUCUAAAUGUUCCGGGUUAAAGUUAGGCGAAAACCACCAGAGCUCACCGGUGUCGUAAACAAUUUUGCAAUUUAUACAGCACGUUGUAUUCAAUCUUCUCACUUGGUACAGUUUGUAGCCGUUCUUUCUGAAACUUGGUCACUCUAUUUGUCCGCACGAUAUAGAAUACCAGUUUGAAUAUGGAUCAUCUCUGUCGAAAACCUGGUCAUAAGGUGAAAUAUUAAGACAACUCUUUGUGUUUCUUAUUCCUUUGUCAGACUCAUGUGUGUUCAAUCAAUCUAUAAGUGUGAAUAUGAAUCAUCUCAGGUAAAAAAAAACCUAGUGUACUAGUUCAAACCAAGAACAAGAAACGCCGAAAUGCGACCAAACCAGGUUUUUAAUGAUUGACAGAAGAACUUCAGCCUGAGUCUGUUUUUCUAUUUUUAGUAACAGUGACCUUGACCCUAGGGACUCCAAAUGCAAUCCAUUGAAAGGUAUCCAUAAACUCUUCCUUUAUACCAAGUUGUGUCAGGAUAUGUCAACCAUAACUUAAGUUAUUCAGUUUCAACCAUUUUUCUAUUUUUAGUAACAGUGACCUUGACCUCGAAUCUAGGGACCCCAAACGCAAUCCCAUGAAAGGUAUCCAUAAACUCUUCCUAUUGACUAAGUUUAGUCAAGAUAUGUCAUCCCUAACUAAAGUUAUUCAGUUUCAACUGUUUUUCUAUUUUUAGUAACAUUGACCUUGACCUUGACCCUAGGGACCCCAAACGCAAUCCCAUGAAAGGUACCCAUAAACUCUUUCUAUAGACCAAGUUUGGUCAAGAUAUGUCAACCCUUACUAAAGUUAUUCAGUUUCAUAGGUGAGUUUGACGCCGCCCGCCCACCCGCCCGAACAACGACGUUCGCCAUUCCAAUAACCAGGUUUCACUAUGUGAAAACCUGGUUAAAAAUAAUGCGUUCAUAAAUUAAACAGUGUUUU